UCUGACAGGACCAACCGGAAGUGGGUGCUGCAGUGACCUGGAGAAGUGCGUCUGAGCCUCGACACUCGACCUGCUCCUCCGACCGCCGACGUCAUGACGAGCUCAGAGAAACUCUGGUGGUUCGUUCUUCAUCGGUGUUUCCUCAUUGGCAGUUUGGUCGACUCCUCCUCUCUUGCCGCCACCACCCACUUCUUGUCCGUCACCUCUACGGUGGGCGAGCGAGCGGUGCUUCCCUGCAGCUGGUCGUCCCGCCUGCGGUCUGCCGCCGCCGCCGCCGCGUCCAACUGCCACAUCCAGUGGCAGACGACCGCGUCCGACACCGUGUUCGAGAAGCGGGGGCCGCAGCGGUGGCAGGCGGCGGAGUUCGAGGGCCGCGUGGAGGUUCCCGAGGAGCAGCUGGGGCACGGGGACUGUUCGCUGGUUAUCAGCGACGUGCAGAUCGGCGACACGGGGCGAUACGAGAGCUUCAUGGUGGUGGACGGGGAGCGGAGCGGGAAGACCCGGGUCUUCAUCCAGGGCGUCCGGCUCUCCGUGUUCGACCACAAGUCCCGUCAGGCUCAGGGUCCAGGUGGGGAGCUGGUCCUGGACCUCCACACCCGUCACUCGGUGCGAGUCGUCUUCCAGGGCAGGAACAGCUCCGUGUGGUCGACCCUGUGGAUCAAGGACGACGACGAGAGCAGCGGUCGUAUGCAGAAACAUCCGGAGCGGCAGCAGCUGAUCAUGAAGAACCUGGAGCGCUCGGACGAGGGGACGUACAAGGUCCUGGACAAACACGGCCUCUCCAUCAGCACCGUGCAGCUCGCCGUGGAAGGAAGCCCCGAGGUCCAAACCCGUGUGGGAAGUGAGGUGUCAGCAGCAGGCGACGCCUCCAGAAGCAGCCGCUCAUCAGAUCUCCUCGUCACGUCUGCUCUCGUCACCAGUUUCUUGAUCAUUCGUCUGCUCUGAAGCGUCGAAAUGUUUGUUUUCAUUGUGUGGUUUUGUUUUUAGAUUUAACCUUAACAAUAUUUCAAACUAGGGGUGGGCAGUAUCUCAAAUAUAUUGGAUGUAAAACUGAAGAAUGCUUUAAUACAGACGCAGUUUGCAGUGACGACUAGAAUCUACAUACCGGUGUGAUCGUCUGCAUCAAAAGGUUGAAUUGUGCAUUUAUGAAGCGUUUAGAGAUUGUUAAAAUAUCACAAUAUAUAACGUGUAUCGCGAUAUAACAAAAAUAUAUCACAAUAUUAUUCAUAGGCCAUAUCGCCCAGUCCGACUUCAACGAUCCGUUUUGGUUCUGAAACUCUUGAACAGUCUUGACGAGGUGGUGAGUUGACGUGUUUGCUGAAUGUGACUAUACGACAUUUCUACCUGUUUCUUGCACUUUACAGUUCUUCACUGACGAGGAGGCGUAUUUAUGUUCUCAUAAUGUACAGGUUUGUUUGUUUGAGUGACUUAUUAAUUCCUAACUUCCCUUUGAAUACGUUUGAAAAGAAGCUGAAAAAUAAAACAGUUCUGUGACUGUUAACAUUAA